GUUCCUUUCAACAGAGUACCCAUGGUUCGUGGACGUACUCCCUCCCCUGAUCAGCCCAAGCCGCAUCCGUCUUCGUCCUCGUCGUCUGAUACGAUGGCCACCAUGGUUGUCCCCCCGCCGUCUGCUGCAAUAACCAAGCGUUACCGUCCCGCCCCAGCCAAGACUUUUCAGUGCAGGGGAUAUGGAGAGUGUCGCAUGGUCUUCAGCAGAUCAGAGCAUCUCGCGAGGCAUAUCAGGAAGCACACAGGAGAGCGCCCUUUUACUUGCCACUGCGGGAAGCAAUUUUCACGGCUGGACAACCUGCGCCAGCAUGCACAGACGGUGCAUUCGGACAAGCAGGAGGACAACGAGCGGAUGAUGCGGGAUCUUACGACGCUGCACGCAUCGAUGGCGGCGGCUAACAAGUCCCGAGGGACUCGGCGGGUGCCGCCCAAGGUGCCGGACACGAUUCGGCCUGGCACGAGCACUGGGUACGAAGGCGACACCUGGCACAUAUCGACGCCGACGUCGGCAUCCAGUGACCACAGUGUCGCUCAUCCGAAUUCGGCCUCCGCGCCCUCUGCCGGACCAGGGAGUAAUUCCUUUCGGUCCUUUCGUGACCCCCGGAACGGCCAGUCCUUUCGUGACCAACCAUCCGUCGCCGGCGCGAACCAGUCCUCCCAGUCAUCCAACCCAAACGCCAUCCCCGCCACACUCGGCUUCUCCUCCCGCCCCGGCACCGCCAACGGGCCCACCCUCCCGCCGCUCUCAUCCCUCAUCCCCCUCCCGCCUCCCCCCCAGUCCUCCUCAGGCAACCUAUUAUUUCGACGUCCCUCAACCGCUAACUCAUCCUCAUACCCUCCCUUCUUCCUUAGACCAGGCACCGCCCCAGCCACAUCAACCCCCUAUCAACAACUGGUAUCUCCCUCAGCAGCAGCCCUCGCAGCAGCAGAAUCUGAGUCUCCAUUUUCCUUCCACGUCCCCGCUCAAGACGGAGCCGACUACUCCGCCAAUCCCUCUCUCGGCCCAGAUGACACCGGCUCCCGACCACAGUCGCGACGACUCUCGGUCAUGGAGCUCUGUAAUGAUCAGCCACCAGCAGCAUCAGCAGCAACAGUAUUACCAACACUACGGGAUGCAGCAGCCGCAGAGGGUUCCUCAGAGGGCGUAUAUGGGGCUUGAAUACCCGUCUUAUGGCGAGUAUGAAGGAUACCAGUCAUAUCAGAAUGGUGCAAAUGGGGCUUCGGAGAAUGGGAAUGGCUUCCGUUCUCCGAACGCCGGCUUUGAGGAUUUCAGUGGUGAGAGCGGGUACCCACAGCAGCAGCAGCAGUCGCAACAACAGCAGCAGCAGCCGCAGCAGCAGUGGUACAGCAAUGCGGCCGC